GUUAGAUUUGCUGAACUUUCAAAGAACUGUGUUCUGGUCCUCUGAGGAUAGUGAAGACUUAGUUGAGUUGGGGACACUGAUGGCAGGAGGUGUAGUCAUAAAGUUUGGCUUGUCCCAGUACUCUGAUCAAUACGUAGAACACUUUGACUUUCUCCGUUUCAAAGCUACCCCAAAUCCAGAUGAUUUGAUUAAACAAGUCUCGCAGCUGAAUGGAGCUACUCACACAGCUACAUAUAUCCAGAAAGUGGUGCGUGAAAUGUUUCUCCCCGAAAAAGGAGCCCGCAGUGAUGCAUCUAAAAUUCUCAUUGUGAUAACUGAUGGGAAAAAAACAGGAGAUCCUCUACAAUAUAAUGAUGUGAUUCCAGAAGCACAAAUGGCUAACAUUAUCCGCUUUGCUAUUGGG